UCCUCUCCGCCCCGCUCCAGCUGUGCAGAGAGGCGCGCCAGCCAGCCAGCCAACCCAGCCCGCCCCGCCCUGUCCCGCCUCCGAAGCCCCAUAGCGGUCCUAGCAGCGCUGAGGAGGAGGAAGAAGAGCGCGCGAGGGAAGGGCCGGCCGCGCCGUCUCCUCGCCCGCCAAGAUGUCUCGCGGGCUGCAGGUGGUCCGCACCGACGCCAGCGGCGGCGGCGGCGGCGCGUCGACGUCCUCGGCGGCGCCUUCGGCCUCGGGGCCGGACUCCGGGCUGCUGGACAGAGGCUACGCGGGCUCUUGCUCCGCCUUGCUCAAAGUGGCCCAGAUGCUAUUGCUCCUGAUCGGAUUUAUCUGCAUCAUUGCUUCGCCGGUGGCCGGUCACAGUUCAUAUACCUACUUCAAAAUUGUCUCCAUGUUUGACUUAGUUAUGAUCUUUAUUUUCUACAUCGUCUAUAUCUUCAGAAUUUACCGGAUGCUGACUUGCAUCAACUGGCCACUUGCAGAGUUUCUCCAUUACCUAAUAGGUACCACCCUUCUUCUCAUUGGAUCUGUGGUGGUGGUAGCAAGGAGCUCUGGGUCAGCAAGUCUUACAGCUGGAGCGGUAUUUGGCUUCUUAGCUUCAUUUCUGUGUAUCUUAAGUAUAUGGCUAUCCUACAAAGUCUCUUGUGUCACUCAGUCAACAGAUGCUGCUGUGUGAGUCUUUUGGCACUCAUGAUGCACACACCAAACUGAGAAUCUCAUAGGCUAACAGACAGCAAAUGUAUGUAAGAUGGAAUUUUGUUCUGGUAGUCUUCUUGAGGGCUUGCUUUUGUAAUGACUCCUGAAACCUCUUACUAAGUGAGCUGACCACCAGAGGGCUCUGGUCUUACACUCCUCAUAUUCAUUUGUCCAGAUUGUUAUGAUAAUACCAGCAGCCUCUAUGCUGCAUUGUCUUAAUACCAAGAUUCUUGUAUUGCUUAAGUAUUAGGGAAUCUGUUUUUUCUUUCUUGCUACAAACAAAGGGAAACCAGGAUUGAAAUUCUUACUUAGCCGUGAAGUUAACUGGGUGACCAGAUGUUUUCCCUCAGCCUAUCCUACCUCACAGGAUUGUUGUGAGGAUAAAAUGGUGAUGGAGAACAGUGUAUUCUACUUUGAGCUCCUUGAAGGAAAAGUGGGGUGUAAAUGUAAAAAUGAUUAUUCUAUGUCACGAUUUGGUAGGAGCGAGCUCCCCUCUUUUCACGUUGAUAUCACUCAAGCUACCUGAGUGAUCUGAACAGGGACCUGCAUAUAAAGGUUGAAGGUGGGCAAUGUACUGUUUCCUUUAAUCUGCAGCUGGAAAAUGCUACAUUUCACCACGGACCAGCAGCUGCUUUAUAUUAAGUUUUACAUGCAAAGUCUAUUGCUUACCUCUGCCUUUCCUGCCUUUUGGCUCCCAGUGCAAGAAAAGGCAUUUGAUAAUUUAUGUUUUGACUGGCUUACUGUGAAUAUUUCUUCAGAAGUGAAACCAAGUUUCUUUUUUGUCCUAGUGUUUCUUCUGUUUUUAAGUAUUUUUGUACAUGACAAAAUAAUUUUAAAUAAAUUUUAUACUUCAAAAACAUCACUCGCUUCCAUAUCCAUACCUGUUAGACAGAACCAACUCCCCAAAGUUUUCAGUUUUGAUAAUAUGUUGCUUGGCAUUAUUAAGAGUUAACUUUGGUCCCGG